AACAACACAUAGACAGACACACAGACAGCCAAACCAAGGUGCACUUUUCCUCUUGUGCAAACCCCCCCCCAAAAAAAAACCCCAUGUGAAAUCACUUCUUUUCGAAGCGUUUUCUCUCUCUCCGAUUGAUGUAGGAAUCGGGAAGAACUCCGGUCGCUAUGACAUUGCCGAGUGUUGAGCAGCGACUCGAGGACACAGCCCCAGGAGGAGAGCUGAACCCUGAAACCCGGGAUCGGGGCAUUGCAGAUGGCAUCCUCCACCAGGCGGCCCCCCCCAAGCCUGUCAGCCCCACUCACACAGACACCCCCCACCUCAGCCCGGUGCCAAAGGCAAGGCAGCCCGAGCAGGCCUGGUCAGAUGGCUGCACGUAUGAAGGAGACCUCAAAGACGGGCAGAAGCAUGGGUUUGGGGUAUUUAGAUGGGGCAAUGGGGAGUCUUAUGAAGGAGAUUUCUAUAAAGAUCAUCGUCACGGUGAUGGAAUUUACUCUUGGACAGAUGGAGUCAAAUUUAUUGGAAAAUUUUACCUUGAUCGUAAAGAAGGCUAUGGUACCAUAGAAAUGAACGAUGGCUCUGUGUUCCAGGGGUUGUAUAAAUCUGAUGAACGCUUUGGACCGGGGGUCUUGACGUACCCCAAUGGACACCAAGAUGUGGGUCUGUGGUACCGCGACCACUUGAUCAAGCUUUGUACUGCUCUCCCCAGAAAGUUUACAAUGAAGAAUCACCCAUAUUAUCAUCCCAUUAUCAAGAAAAACACCCUUGUGAUAAACCCUUCAGAAGAAGAGAAGUAUGUUUGGAGAAGGGACCCUAACACAGACCCGUUUUUCUAUCCUUUCAAAAAGCUGCUCUUUGAUGAUAAAUACACUUUGCCUCAAAACAUUGAGCAAUACUCCAAUGAUUGCGAUCACCUCCCUCUCACUUACUCAUUCAAGGAUGAUUGCGACAAGUAUUUUUUCAAGAAAGAUUAUAGAAUAAGGAUUGCAGAAGGUAACCAAGAAAUUGACUUACUGAACAAUACCCCUUUGCUCAUUAAAAUGCAGAAGCAUAUCCACAGACAUAGACAUAGUCAGAAAAAGCUCCAGUGGAAUGCAACUGCCGUGAUUGAAGGAAUUCGGGAGGGCUUUGGACCCAAAGGCAUUCUUGAGUGCAAUGCUGAAAAGCUGAUUUCUGCAGCUGGAAAUGGGAACUUUAAGAAAGUAAAGGAAAUCCUGAAAGCCAACUUAGCAAGUGCAGAUGUUGCUGAUCUCAAUGGGAAUACGCCACUCAUUGCUGCUUCUAUCAUUUGUCACAACAACAUCAUUAACUUUCUCCUCGAUAACGGAGCUAAUGUGAACAAGCUGGAUGAUGAAAGUACCACUGCCCUCAUUUCCUGCAACACUUUGUACUACCCCAUCGAUUCUUUCCAAUUUGAAAUUCCUGCUCAAUUGAAUUCUUCAACAGAAAUGGAUAAACCACUCACGACUGAUUUGAAUACAGAAAUUCUCCAUGUAUACGAUCAACAAAUUAAGCUUGGCACCUUAAAUCGUGUGAGAAGUCUACAUGCAGAUCAGCAUUUGAACCAAAAGCAUAUUGAAUUAUUUGAACAAAGCCUUGAAGAAAGCGAGGAUAUCAUUGAGCACGAAGCUAAGGAGGAUCAGUAUGAGAUAAACAUUGGCUCUGCAACAUCUCAGCCUUUCGAAUCUUUUGAGGCCCUCCAUGACUUUUCUAUUGAUGUUUCCAACAAGAAAUUGCAGUAUGCUGCUGAAAUCUUAAGCCGUAAUGCAAUGUUCAACCGAUUGAUUGAAGAACAAGGAUCAUCCAAGCAUGAUAUGGCAGAAAUUGUGUGGAAAAUGGCCCAAAUGAAAAGCGAACACCGGAAAAGAAAGAAGACAAUCAAGUUGCUUCUCCACAGAGGUGCAGACCCUAAUAUCUUUACAGACCCAAUGCAAACAAUUUUCUUUCCUGUGCUAGCAGCCGAUGUUAGUGGGGUGAAGCUCUUACUGGAGACAGGAGUAAAUACAAAUAUCCGAUUCCCCAAAAAGAGUCAAGGCUUAUUAGUUGGAGGCGGGAUUGAUCAAACAUCCAAAGUUUCUGGUGUCCAGCAGCUGAUCGGGUUCGAAGUAAAAAGCCUCAAUCAUUCUGGGGUCCCUCCACAUUACUUCGAUCAGCCUGCAAUAAUUCCCCCAAAUGUUGGUCGAUCUCCACUGCACAUUGCUGCCCAACGUGAUGAUGAUUACAAGAAUGCUCAUGAGAUUGUUCAGCAGCUAUUGACGCAUAAUGCAAAUCCCAAUACCCUGUGGAGCGGGCACUCACCACUCUCGUUGGCAAUCGGCAGUGGAAACGACCUGGCAGUGGAUGAACUCUUGAACAAUAGAGCUAACGUGAAUCUACCACUCGGUAACGGGGUAGGGAGUGCUCUUGCUUCAGCACUGAACCCAACGUAUGAGCACAGGAGAUCAAUGCAAGAUCGACUUGCACUAGUGGACAAAUUAAUUCGAGCUGGUGCCAAUAUUUUGAUGCCUAUCACAAUCGCACAUGGAGACAAUAUGACUGUGGGAACAGCUGUAGACUAUGCAUAUUUCAAGUUUUUUCAGGAUCAGAAGAUAGCGCAAACGCCUUAUCAUGCUCUGACACCCGAGGAGAGAGAAAUCUUCAACAACCGUCGCCAACUGCUCAAAAGACUUGGUGGACCCCUACGGCAUGCUGCCAUUUUGAAGGAAAAGAAACGGAUAGAUGAGCUGGCGAAAGUUGACAAGCAAGAUGGUGUAGAAGGACAGCCUAAUCAAAUCAGUCUUACCGCAAAAGCCAUCUUACACCGAUACAGUGUAGUGGGCGACUUAAAAGAAUAUCCAACCCAAAAGGAAUUUGCUGAGACGUGGCAAAGCAUGAAAGAUAAUCAACUGCAGAGACAACCCUUGUUUCUGUUCAAAUUCUGUUACAACUGUGGGCGCUCAGUGGGUGUGCGUCUGACUCUGUGCAGUCGGUGCAAAGAGGUCUAUUACUGCAGCAGGGCCUGCAAAUUGACUGCUUGGGAAGAAUUUCAUAAGUAUGAAUGCAAGCGAUUCAGAGCUCAACCAAAAAUCAAAAAGAAAGACACAAGUGGGGAACAGCAGCAGAAGGUCACCAAGAAACCCCCAAUAGAUAACUACAGCUUUAAUUAAAGUAUCUUUGAAUAUAUGACAUUUCUUUACGCAUUUUGUUUUAGGGGGCAGAAUCUGUGCUUGCAAACAAAGGCAUAAGGUGUCAAUACCUGUCAAUUCCAGGAAUGAAAAGCCUUUAAAAUUUUGCACAGCACAGGUAGCUUGCAGUACAUUGUCCCAACUAUUUUAACUUCAAUGGCAUGUAAAAUAAAUUAAUCAAACUAAGGAAUAAGUAGCACAAGUCAAUCUUUAUUGAAAACUUAAGUAAUAAUACAUAACAAUUCUUGUUACAAUAACAUGCCUUGAAGUUUCUUUUUAAAUCUCCGAGCUCACCUACCGUCAGAUUGCUUUUUUAAAAAAAUACCAAUGUAUGAAUUUACACAUAAUUGAACUGGCUCAGAAUGAUAAGAGUUUGUGGUUGAUGAAUUAGCCAAUGUAAAAUGAGGAUUUGAAACAGGUUGCUGGAAGACAACACUGACUGAGACUAAGUAGUAAGUACCAAAGUAAAAUACUUUAAAGCAUAAUGUUCAAAAAGGGUGCUUUUUCUGUUUAAGAAAAAAAGAGUGCCUUUUUAGUAACAAAAAUGAGCAGGAAAACUCAAUUGGGCAAUUGUACCUAUAAGUUGCAUGCAUUUUUGAACAGAAAGGCUAUCAUACGGCACAACAAUCAGACACCAAAUACAAUCUACUCACAAUGUGAAAUUCUGUAAACCAAAAGGCAAUAAACAAUUUCAGACAGGGUAAUAUUUCAGGCUGUAUCCAUCUACUACUGCAGGCAUCCUAAUUACUAAGUGUGCUUAUAUCGGUGGUCAAUUAAGAUUGCGUUGGCCAGUUAUGAUUGCAGGCAUAAGUGGUGCAAAGAUUUUGUAAACGUGCUGGAUCAACAGUGCCAUUUUCCCGUCCCUCUCCUCAAUUUACAAACUGCAGGAGCUCUGCAUUGCCCCCCCCCCCUUCUCUUUCAGGGUAGAUGAUCACCCAAAUUCUAACCUCAAAUUUCCAGGUGCUCAACAGACUGAAAUCUUGGAAAAAAAAUUUAAUCUUUCUCCCUCCCCCACCAAUCCAGCCAAAAUAUAAAUUAGUAAUGGACUAGAAUGUGAGUCAGUGACUGAAACAUUAAACACUGUUUGAAAAGUGAUAGUGUGCUUAGUUUUUUUAAAAAAAGCUGACUCCAAAAUAGUUAAUUGAAUCUAUACAACAAAACAUUUUGGUCUAGCCAAGUUUUUUUUUUGAAAAACAAAGCAGGCACAUUAAAAUUGCCUAGAGUGAUAGUUGAGGGUCUCCAAAUGUACUGCACUGUGUACUAUAAUAUGAAAAAAUUCCUUAAUUCAAAUAAUGCUUUAUGUUAAACAUUCCAAAUGAAAGCUUUUCACUGCCAAUUAUUCACCUCAGCACCCAUUACCUUCUUGUUGAAAUAUACAUCAUGGAAAAAAACAAAUGAUAUCACCACAGCACUUUUGUGCUGUCACUUAGUUGCCCAUUUUAACUUUUGUAGAAUCAUACAACCUGUAAAUACAGCCAAGUGAUCAAAAUGUAUUUACUACGUUGUGGCACACUGGAACAUUCACAUUAAUCAAUACACCUACAAUACUGCUCUUAGCUGCACCCCCUCAAAUGCUAAGAAAGUUGCAGUGCUGUGCAUUGGUUGAGCAAAGAUAUAGGAAUAUAUGGAAAGAGAGCAGAGGGAAUUAUAAUCAAUUUUAACAGAAUUUAGUUAACAGUAGUGUUGAUAGACUGACUAAUUUCUGGAUUGUCAAUACUUUUAUCUCAUGUCUUCCAGCACAAAACACCGAAUCCAAGUUUGAGUUUGUAAACUCUCGGAAAAGAUCAACCACACAUACUGUCUUUAUUCUCAUUAGAAUUUUUCUUAAAUUGGCUUCUUUGCACUUUUAUAGCUAAAAUAACAAUGUUUUGUGUGGGCAUUUUGGCAAAAAUGUUACUUGCAGAAAUGCAGUAUUUUCAUAGGUUGUGUGUGCACAUAUUUGCCUAAAAACAAUAAAAAUCACCUCUUCUGCUCAGCUACACUUGUUUGACAGUCUUGUGUACAUCAGUUUACAAAAGGAUUUAAGAGAUUAGCACAUUGGACACCAUUUUAUUUGGGAAUCUAGGACUAUACAAUUGAUGACCUCUUAACCAAAACAAAAAGUAAAACUGAAAGAUAAAAAAAAAAUCAAAUUCCUACUUGCUGAAACUACUUUAACAUAGGGUCAGAAAGAGCUCAAUGUUCUCCUCAAAACUUUCAGUGCUUUUCUAAACUGGGAGCUUUUCAGGCUUGAAAAUCUCCAUUUUCUGUGAUUUUUUGGCAAUUUUGGGUAGAGAACAUACAGUAAGUAUCAGAUGUGUUUCAAGCUGGAAUUUUGCUUUGAG